AUCACUUUCCCCGCUCUAGUUGCGUUUCCCCCCGUCUUUGCGUAUGUGUCAGUGUGUGUGUGAGACAUUGCUGAGCUCACUGCAAGCAUUUUGUUCUCAAUCAAAUGGCGAGGAUCAAACAUCCCGCUAACAGGAAAGGAAAUUCAAGAAAAUCAGGUUCUAGAGGGGAAUCGUCAGCUUCACCAGCCCGGAGUGCGCGUCCUGGUGGAAGUCCGAAUACAGCUGGAACUUCAGGAACACAGAGGCAGGCAAAGAAGCGGCGCUAUAAGCCAGGAACAGUGGCUCUUCGUGAGAUUAGGCACUUCCAAAAGACUUGGACGCUGCUUAUUCCCAUUGCUCCUUUUGUUAGAGUUGUAAAACAGAUAACCUUUCAAUUCUCUCCUGAUGUUAAUCGUUGGACAGCUGAAGCUUUAGUAGCACUGCAGGAGGCAGCAGAGGACUUUUUGGUCCAUUUAUUUGAAGAUGGAAUGCUAUGUGCAAUUCAUGCGAAGCGUGUAACUUUGAUGAAAAAGGACUUUGAGUUGGCACGUCGGCUUGGAGGGAAAGGAAGGCCCUGGUGAGAGCAUUGUACAAGUAGCAAGACCAUUGUUAUUGAUUGUGAACAUUCUAGGGAGAAAUUGCAAUUGUUCUUUGACAGUAAUUACCUUUUUGUAGUUUUAGCACUGAAAUUAGGAAGUAGGAAGCAACCUCACUUUCUUUGAUGGUAUGCCAUAUCAUAUAUAAUACAGUUUGACCA